AUGCAGUCCGAUUCCGCGGCUCUACUCCACUAUUACCGCACGCCCGGUCUUCUGCCAUCACAGCAAGGCAAGAUAAAAGAAAAGCUGGCGCUGGCUGCUGGCGACGCGCACCGCAUCGUGAGCUUCGAGACCGAGUACUGCUUCAACGUGCAGACCGCGCACGCCCUCGACGAGCAGCAGCAGCGAAACUUUGGCAGCACCUCCUUCCUCAAGGGGGAGGGAUCGCACGUGUACACGUUCGAGAUCGGGCCUCGCCUGAGCUUCGCCACGGCCUGGUCUACCAAUGCCGUGGCCAUCUGCCAUGCCAGCGGCCUCACUUCCAUCCAACGUGUCGAGCGGAGCCGACGGAUCCAGUUUGCUGUCGACAAAGAGCUGUCGCAGGAGCAGAUCCAGCGAUUCGUGGCCUCCAUCCACGACAAGAUGACCGAGUGCGUCUACGCGGAGCCGCUCCAGUCCUUCGAGACCAACAUCAAGCCCGAGGGCUGGACGGUGAUCCGCAUCAUGGAGGAGGGCAGGGCCGCCCUGGAGAAGGUGAACAAGGAGAUGGGUCUGGCCCUGGACGACUGGGAUCUGGACUACUACACCAAGCUGUUCACCGAGGAGAUGAAGCGCAAUCCGACGUCGGUGGAGGCCUUCGACAUCUCCCAGUCCAACAGCGAACACUCGCGACACUGGUUCUUCAAGGGGCGGCUGGUGAUCGACGGACAGGAAGUAGAGGAGUCGCUGAUGGACCUGGUCAUCCGAACACUCGAGGCCAACCCCAACAACUCUCUCAUUGCCUUCCGCGACAAUUCGUCGACGAUGAAGGGCUAUCCGAUCAAGGCACUCCUGCCCUCCAAGCCCGGCGAGCCGGGACCCAUGGAGGUCAAGGCCGUCGACUACGACGUCCUCCUCACCGCCGAAACCCACAACUUCCCCACUGGUGUUGCACCGUUCCCUGGCGCCGAGACCGGAACCGGCGGCCGCAUUCGCGACACUCAUGCCACUGGUCGUGGGUCGUUGGUGGUGGCCGGCACGGCGGGGUACUGUGUGGGCAACCUCAACAUCCCGGACUACCCGCUCGCGUGGGAGGACCAUACCCGGCCAAUUCGGCGAGCCCCUCAUCGCCGGCUUCACCCGCUCCUUCGGCAUGCGCCUCCCCAACGGCGAGCGCCGCGAAUUCAUGAAGGCACCGCACGCCCGAUCAUGUUCACGGGCGGACUCGGGCAGAUGGACCACAAGCACGUGGAGAAGGCCAAGCCCGAGAAGGGCAUGCUGGUGGUCAAGCUGGGCGGGCCGGCCUACCGCAUCGGCGUGGGCGGCGGCGCCGCGUCGUCCAUGGUCCAGGGCACCAACGCCGAGGAGCUCGACUUCCAGGCCGUCCAGCGGGGCGACGCCGAGAUGGGGCAGAAGGUCAACCGGGUGAUCCGCACCUGCGUCGAGCUGGGCGACCGCAACCCCAUCGUGUCCAUCCACGACCAGGGCGCCGGCGGCAACGGCAACGUGCUCAAGGAAAUCGUCGAGCCUGAGGAAAUUCGGUCGAUCCAUCUGGGCGACCACACACUGUCGGUGAUGGAGAUCUGGGGCGCCGAGUACCAGGAGAACGACGCCCUCCUCCUCAAGAAGGAGGACGCCCCGCUCUUCGACAGCAUCUGCCACCGCGAGGACUGUCCCUACGCCGUGGUGGGCGUGGUCAGCGGCGAUGGCCACCUGAUCCUGCACGACGAAAAGGACGACACCGUCCCGCUCGACCUCGAUUUGGACGCCUUCCUGGCCAAGAUGCCCCGCAAGACGUUCGUCUCCGACCGCCUCAAGUUCGAGCACACGCCCUUCGUCCUGCCAUCGUCCCUCGAUGCGACCAACCCGCAGGCGGUGGUGUCGGGGGUGCUGUCGCGCGUGCUGCGCCUGCUGAGCGUGGGCUCCAAGCGCUUCCUCACCACCAAGGUCGAUCGGUCCGUGACGGGCCUCAUCGCCCAGCAGCAGUGCGUGGGGCCGCUCCACAUCCCGCUGGCCGACUACGCCGUCGUGGCCCAGUCCUACGAGGGCCUCACCGGCGGCGUCACCGCCAUCGGCGAGCAGCCCAUCAAGGGCCUCACCCACCCGCAGGCGAUGGCGCGGAUGUCGGUCGGCGAGAUGCUGACCAACAUCGUGUGGGCCAAGCUCAGCGGGCUGGGCGACAUCAAGUGCAGCGGCAACUGGAUGUGGGCAGCCAAGCUGCCGCACGAGGGCGCCGCCCUCUACGACGCCUGCAAGGCCAUGAGCGAGAUGAUGAUCCAGCUCGGCAUCGCCAUCGACGGCGGCAAGGACAGCCUUAGCAUGGCGGCGCUGGCGGGCGGGGAGACGGUGAAGGCGCCCGGCACGCUGGUGGUGUCUGGCUACUGCACGACGCCCGACUUCUCCAAGAAGGUCACCCCCGACCUCAAGGGCCCGCUGGCCGGCAUCCCCUCCACGCUGCUCCUCAUCGACCUCGGAGCCAACAAGAACCGCAUUGGCGGAUCGGCGCUGGGUCAGGUGUACAACCAGCUGGGCGGUGAGGUGCCCGACGUGGACGACGUGGACCAGCUGAAGAAGGCGUUCCUUGCCGUCCAGGAAUUGCUCGACCAGCGCAAGGUCCUCGCCGGCCACGACCGCAGCGACGGCGGACUCAUCACCACCCUCCUCGAGAUGGCCUAUGCCGGUAACUGCGGCAUCAGCGUCACGCUCAACUCGGAGCAGUACGAGGGCGAAGAGCUGGCGAUGACGAUCGUGCGCACCCUGUUCGCCGAGGAGCUGGGCCUGGUGCUUGAGGUGCGCGCCGACCACGCCGACGAGGUGGUGAGCUUCCUCCACGGCCAGGGCCUGCGCCACGUCAUCACGCUGGGCACCACCACGCGCGACGACCGCAUCAAGCUCACCUCCAACGGCCACCUCAUCAUCGACCAGCCCAUGACCCAGCUCAGGAAUGUGUGGGAGGAGACGUCGUUCCAGCUGGACAAGCGCCAGGCCAACCCCAAGUGCGUCGAGGAGGAACGGACCGGCCUCGCUUCACGCCAGGCUCCCGACUACCGCCUCACCUUCGAACCUCGCCCUACGCCGUCGGCCUGGUUCGCCAGCCAAAAGCCCCGCGUCGCCGUGCUGCGCGAGGAGGGCUCCAACGGUGACAGGGAGAUGGCGGGCGCGUUCAACGCCGCGGGCUUCGAGGCGUGGGACGUGAAGAUGAAGGACCUGCUCGAGGACAAGGUCUCGCUCUCCCAAUUCCGUGGCAUCGCCUUCGUCGGCGGAUUCAGCUAUGCCGACGUGAUGGACUCGGGCAAGGGCUGGGCUGGUCUCAUCCACUUCAACAAGAAGCUGCUCGAGGAAUUCCAAGCGUUUUACCGGAGGAAGGACACGUUCUCGCUGGGCAUCUGCAACGGGUGCCAGCUGAUGGCGCUGCUGGGCGCCAUUCCCUUCCCCAAGUACUACGAGCAGACCACCCUGGAGGCCGACGGCGCCAGCGAUGCCGAGGAGGCCUGGUUCCAAUCGCAACCGCGCUUCAUCCACAACGAGUCCGAGCGAUUCGAGUCCCGCUUCGUCACCCUCAAGAUCAUGGAAGACAACCCGUCCAUCUUCCUCAAGGGAAUGGAGGGAUCGUCGCUGGGCUGCUGGUCGUCGCACGGGGAGGGCAAGGUGCACUUCCCGAGCAAGGCCAUUGAAGAGCAGGUCCUCCAGCAGCAUCUCGCCCCCAUCCGCUACGUCGACGACCACAACCGCCCCACCGAGACGUAUCCGUUCAACCCGAACGGCUCGAUGCAGGGCAUUGCGGCGCUGUGCUCGCCCGACGGCCGUCACAUGGCGAUCAUGCCCCACCCGGAGCGCACGUUCCUCAGGUGGCAGUGGGCGUGGAUGCCCCACGAGUGGAAGGAGGAGACCGUGCCCGUGUCGCCCUGGCUCCACCUCUUCCAGAACGCCCGCCGCUGGUGCGACGACACCACCGCCACCCAACAGUGA